GAUGGCAACUGCUGAGGACGAAUUGCUGCUGCCACGGCUUCCUGAGCUAUUCGAAGCCGGCAAGCAGCUUCUGGACGAAGUAGAGGUAGCGACUGAACCCACCGGUUCCAGGCUAGUCCAGGACAAGGUGUUCAAGGGACUGGACCUCCUUGAUAAGGUUGCCGAAAUGUUAUCGCAGCUCGACUUGUUCAGCCAAAAUGAAGAUUUAGAAGAGAUUGCUUCCGCCGACCUGAAGUAUCUCUUGGUGCCAGCAUUUCAAGGAGCCCUCACCAUGAAACAAGUCAACCCCAGCAAGCGUCUAGAUCAUUUGCAGUGGGCUCGAGAACACUUUAUAAAUUACUUAACUCAGUGCCAUUACUAUCAUGUGGCAGAGUUUGAGCUACCCAAAAUGAAGAACAACUCGGCUGAAAACAGCACUGCUAGCUCCUCCAUGGCCUAUCCUAACCUUGUUGCUAUGGCAUCUCAAAGACAAGCUAAAAUAGAGAGAUACAAGCAGCAGAAGGAGAUGGAGAAUAGAUUGUCUGCACUGAAAUCUGGUGUGGAAAGUGGUCAAGCAGAUGAUGAGCGUGUUCGUGAAUAUUAUCUCCUUCACCUUCGGAGGUGGAUUGGUAUCAGCUUGGAAGAGAUUGAGAGCAUUGACCAAGAGAUAAAGAUCCUGAGAGAAAAAGACUUCUCAAAAGUGGCUUCAACUUCUCACUCAUCUCGUCAAGAAAGGCCACCAAUGAAACCCUUCAUUCUCACCCGGGACACGGCCCAAGCCAAGGUAUUUGGAGCUGGUUAUCCAAGCCUGGCAACUAUGACAGUGAAUGACUGGUAUGAGCAGCAUCGGAAAUAUGGAACAUUACCAGAUCAGGGAAUAAUCAAGACAACAGCAGAGGAGUUCAAAAUACCAGCUCACCAACAAGAAGAUCAGGAACAAAAGGAGGAAGAGGAUGAUGAGAAAACACUACACAGAACCCGGGAGUGGGAUGACUGGAAGGACACCCAUCCUAGGGGUUAUGGCAAUAGACAGAACAUGGGUUAAUCUUCUCAUGACAAGAUGGGACUAAAGGGGCUUACAUCUUCCCCUCCAAGGAAAGCUGUGCAGUCUUCCCUUCCCUGGGCUUCUGCUUCAUCUGUGUACAGCAGAUGCAAAGAUGCUUCAUCUUGCUUUGCAUUCAAUAAAAUGUCGAAUGAUUAAGUUUGUAUUUGUACCCUAGAUGACGAGCCAACAGUCUCUUGUUUUAGCAUUAUCCUCCUCAUCAUGGUGUAUUCUAAUUUCUUAAGUGGAAAGAAAAGAGCACUGAGAAAGGGCUCUGUAUAAUCAAUGAUUGUAUGAAUUCUCUUUAAAAAAAUAAUAAAAGUCCCUUCUAUUACAUGGGUCUCUGCAG